AUGGCCGACCAACCUAGGCGACGACGAAACCGCCCAGACAGCAAGCAGAUGUGGGAUGAAUCCGACCGUCACAAUCGCCACGAGCCCGACGUACGCGACAAACCAGAUAGUCGCAAUCGAGAUCGAGAGGAACCACCGCGCAAUCGCGACCGGGACAGAGAACGAGACCGUCGCUAUAGAUCUAGAUCAAGGUCACCUCGAAGAGACCGCCGCGAUAGGCCUCGCGAUCGCCGAGACAGAGACAGGGACCGCGACCGUGAACAUGAACGUGAACGUGAACGUGAUCGCGAUGCCGAUAGAAAUAGGCCCCGAAAUAACGAUAGAGCGCGACCUAAGGAAGAUGAUCGUCGCGAUAGACCAGGACGGGACAAACGUCGCGAGAAAGAAGAAGCCCCACCUAAAGGACCAGGCCGAGAUCGAAAUCCCCGACGUUCUGCAUCACCAGCUCAGAGCCCAUUAGACAGGCUAGACCACAACUCACCUCUCCCAACAAGACCAAGACCCAGUGCCAUGAAAUCAGAGCAUGGACCACUAUCAUUCAAAGUCGGAGGAAAGCACGACGACGACUCAAAACACGGCAAAGGGAAAACAGGAAACAGAUCAGAGGACGAACCCGACCGCCGGGUAAAGACUGAGACACCUAAUUCACAAGAUGGAGAUGCUAUGGACGAGGACGAGGACGAGGACGAUGGUGAUGAUGUGGUGGUAGAAGACGACGGCCUAAGCGCCAUGCAAGCCAUGAUGGGAUUUGGCGGCUUCGGCACGACAAAGAACACCCACAUACCAGGGAACAAUGCUGGAGGCGUGAGGAAGGAGAAGAAGACCGAAUACCGACAGUACAUGAACCGUAUCGGUGGUUUCAACCGCCCGUUGAGUCCGAGUCGAUAG